CACAACUUAUAGCAACAUUCUUCAAGCUACUAAAUAACAAUCAUACAAAUUCCAAGUUUUUGCUUUUGGUUUUUGAAAAAGCCUCAACAUGGAGCCCAGCAGUUACCCGAACAGCGAUAGUCAAGACGACAAUAAGUCGUUGGAUAGCUCGUUUUUCGAGACGCUGUGGCCCUUGAUAUUGGACGAUAAUCCGUGUCGUGUGGAAAGCGAAUCAGUUGACUUUUUCAUACCGCGCGUACCAUUCGAUUAUUUGCAUUGGCAUAGCAUGCUGGCCAAGGUUGGCUUCCCGCUCUAUGAGCAGCCGCACGAUAUGCGAUGCUGUCAGGCCGCCAAGAAUGAGGAAGACUUGGAGAAGUUGGCCGAAACUGAGGCCAACAAAGCCACCGAAGAGCUCAAUGAAAAGGCUAUUGGCGACUAUCAACCCACCGGCUCGCGUGGCAUCGUGCGCAUCGACAACGAGAUCAAUAAUCAGUGCGAGGCGCAGGAGAGGCGCCAGCGCUUGGCCUACGCCUUUGCCAACCGUGUAUAUCCGUGGACCAUGCAAACACCAAUGCAGGAGAUCAGCUUCCUGCUCACGGAUAAGGUGCGCGAUGAGUUCUUCUGCCCGAUGGAGCGUGCCAUCCUGGAGGGCAUCUAUCACUAUGACUGCAAGCUUAUGAUAAUUGAUGCCAGCACUGAGGUCUGCGCCGACGACUUCUUGCGCUGGACAAAGUUCCGUCCAUACGUCCAGAUGUUGUGUCUGGUGCGCUGUCCGCGCGUCCAGCGCCACCUGCAGCUCCUCAAUGUCUUCCACACGCUGAUAAUAGAGGAAAAUAUGCGCAACUCUUGGCACGAGGAGCUGCACUGCUCCCUCCGCACGGGACUCAAAGAGGCCACCAGAUUGGAGCUCUUCAAGAACUGCGCCGAUGCAUUUGUUUUCAUUUUCUCGCGUUAUCGCGGUCUCUGCACUUGCGAUACCUUCAAAAUUUUACGCCGCACUUGAUCAUUGGACGUCUUAUUAACAAAUUUAUCUAUUAACUUGUCGAUUUACUACGAGCGAUGUCCAGUAUGAAAAUCCAAGUUCAUUUGUGUUAAUGUG